CCUACUCGGCCUUCGAGAUGAAGGAGCUGCCGCAGCUGCUCGCCUCGGUUAUCGAGAGCGAGUCUGAGAUCCUGCACCACGACAAGCAGUACGAGCCCUUUUACUCUUCCUUCGUUGCCCUUUCUACGCACUACAUCACCACUGUGUGCGGCCUGAUACCAAGAAACCAGCUGCAGUCGGUGGCAGCUGCUUGUAAAGUUCUGAUCGAGUUCUCGCUGCUGCGCCUGGAGAACCCAGACGAGGCGUGUGCCGUGUCACAGAAACACCUGAUUCUGUUGAUAAAGGGGCUGUGCACAGGCUGCAGCCGCCUGGAUCGAACCGAGAUCAUCACCUUCACAGCAAUGAUGAAAUCGGCCAAGCUGCCUCAGACGGUCAAAACGCUCUCUGAUGUAGAGGACCAGAAGGAGCUGGCCUCGCCGGUGAGCCCAGAACUGCGACAGAAGGAAGUGCAGAUGAACUUCCUGAAUCAGUUGACAUCGGUGUUUAAUCCCCGAAUCUCCUCCUCAUCAUCAACCACACCAGAGACACAGGUGGAAGGAGAAAAUGAAGACCAAGCUUCCACUGAUCAAACCUCUGCUGCAAAGACGAAAAGCAUAUUCAUCGCGCAGAACGUGGCCAGCCUGCAGGAACUUGGUGGCUCUGAGAAGCUGCUGAGGGUGUGCCUGAACCUGCCGUACUUCCUGCGCUACAUAAACCGCUUUCAGGACGCCGUGUCGGCCAACUCCUUCUUCAUUAUGCCGGCCACGGUGGCGGAUGCCACUGCCGUGCGCAACGGGUUUCAUUCGCUGGUCAUAGAUGUGACCAUGGCACUGGAUACCCUGUCUCUGCCUGUACUGGAGCCCCUGACCCCCACACGUCUCCAAGAUGUGACUGUUCUUGCUCUCAGCUGUCUCUAUGCAGGUGUGAGUGUGGCAACCUGCAUGGCCAUCCUGCACGUGGGUAGCACUCAACAGGUACGAACUGGGUCUACAAGUUCCAAAGAGGAAGAUUAUGAAAACGAUGCUGCCACUAUUGUACAGAAAUGUCUUGAAAUCUAUGAAAUGAUUGGACAAGCCAUCAGCAAUUCACGCCGCGCAGGCGGUGAGCAUUAUCAGAACUUCCAGCUGCUUGGGGCUUGGUGUUUGCUAAACAGCCUCUUCCUCAUCUUGAACCUCAGCCCCACGGCCUUGGCUGAUAAGGGAAAGGAGAAAGAUCCGUUGGCAGCUUUACGUGUCAGAGACAUUAUUGCUCGCACUAAAGAGGGAGUUGGCUCUCCCAAACUAGGACCUGGGAAAGGACAUCAAGGGUUUGGUGUUCUGUCAGUGGUGCUAGCAAACCAUGCCAUCAAACUGCUAUCAUCACUCUUUCAGGAUCUGCAAGUGGAGGCAUUGCACAAGGGCUGGGAGAGUGAUGGUCCACCAGCAGUGCUAGAUAUCAUGGCACAGAGCACAUCAAUCCAGCGAAUCCAGCGGCUCAUAGAUUCCGUACCACUCACUAAUUUGUUGCUGACCUUGCUCUCUACUUCCUACAGAAAGGCUUGUGUCCUGCAGCGUCAGAGGAAAGGCUCCAUGAGCAGUGAUGCAAGUGCCUCCACUGAUUCCAAUACGUACUACGAGGAUGAUUUUAGCAGCACUGAGGAGGACAGCAGCCAAGAUGAUGACAGCGAACCCAUCCUCGGGCAGUGGUUUGAGGAGACGAUCUCACCAAGCAAAGAGAAGGUGGCUCCCCCACCGCCACCUCCGCCACCACCCCUGGAGAGCUCCCCGCGAGUGAAGAGUCCCAACAAACAGACUGCUGGGGAGAAUGGGAACAUCCUGGCCAGCCGCAAGGACCCGGAAUUGUUUCUGAGCCUAGCUUCAAACAUUUUGAACUUUAUUACUUCUUCUAUGCUGAACUCCAGGAAUAACUUCAUUCGCAACUACCUGAGUGUGUCUCUCUCGGAGCAGCACAUGGCUACACUGGCAAGCAUCAUCAAGGAGGUGGAUAAAGAUGGGCUGAAGGGCACGUCAGAUGAGGAGUUUGCUGCUGCCCUCUAUCACUUCAACCAUUCUUUGGUGACCUCAGAUCUUCAGUCCCCUGCCUUGCAGAACACCCUGCUUCAGCAGCUGGGAGUCGCUCCUUUCUCCGAAGGACCGUGGCCUCUUUACAUCCAUCCUCAGAGUUUAUCGGUGCUAUCUCGACUUCUCCUUAUUUGGCAGCAUAAAGCCAGUGCACAGGGAGAUCCCGAUGUCCCAGAGUGCCUUAAAGUUUGGGAAAGGUUUGUGGGCACGCUGAAGCAGAAUGCCCUGCAGGGGACUCUUCCCGGUGACACAGAAGACCUGAAUGUUGAACAUCUCCAGCUGCUGCUGCUGAUUUUUCACAAUUUCUCGGAGCGGGGGCGCAGGUCCAUCCUGACGCUCUGUAUCCAGACAAUCAUGGAGCUCACAGUGAACAUGGAUACGCAGCUCUGUUACGUGCCACUUAUUGUGGCUCGUCUGCUCCUGGUGUUUGACUACCUGCUCCAUCAGUAUUCCAAGGCCCCUAUGUAUCUGUUUGAACAGGUGCAAUAUAAUUUGCUGACGCCGCCCAUUGGCUGGGUGAGUGGAUCCCAGGAGAGCAGCAGACGCAGCCCUGUCCCACUCUAUCAUGGAUUUAAAGAAGUGGAAGAAAACUGGACCAAACACUGCUCAGCAGAUGCAGUUCCACAGCCCAGGUUCUACUGCAUCCUGUCUCUAGAAGCUUCUGAAGACGAUCUGAACCGUCUGGAUAGCUCGGUUUGCGAGGUCCUUUUUGCCCGCACUGUGAAGUACGAUGAGCUUUACGCAGCGCUGACCUCCCUCCUGGCAGCCGGGUCGCAGUUCGAUACGCUCAGGAGGAAAGAGAACAAAAGUGUCACUGCGCUGGAGGCCUGUGCCCUUCAGUACUACUUCUUGAUCCUGUGGCGGAUCCUGGGGAUUUUGCCUCCAUCCAAAAGCUACAUGAAUCAGUUGGCCACGAACACGCCAGAGAUGAGUGAAUGUGACAUUCUGCACACACUGCGCUGGUCCUCCCGCCUGCGCAUCGCCUCUUACGUGGCGUGGAUCAAGGAUCACCUUACCAAGCAGGGCAUGAAGGCAGAACAUGCUGCAUCUCUCACUGAACUGGCCUCGGGCAAGUGCAGCUCAGUGAAGUAUGAUGUGGAAAUAGCGGAGGAGUAUUUUGCUCGGCAGAUAUCUUCUUUCUGUGGCGUGGACUGCACUACUAUUCUUCAGCUGCAUGAAGUGCCCAGUUUACAGUCCAUUUACACCCUCGAUGCUGCCAUUUCCAAGAUCCAGGUGUCUCUAGAUGAGCACUUUUCCAAGCUAGCUGCAGAAACCGAUCCGCAUAAGUCUUCAGAAAUAACCAAGAACCUCUUGCCUGCUACAUUGCAGCUUAUUGACACUUAUGCUACAUUUACCAGGUCUUACUUGCUGCGGAGCCUCUCUGAAGAGGGCUCCCCUGAGCACAAACCCUCUGAAGAGAAGCUGCGAGGCUACGCUGCCGUGCUGGCAAUCGGCUCCAGCCGCUGCAAGGCAAAUACCCUAGGCCCAACGCUCGUUCAGAAUUUGCCGUCAGCCGUACAGACUUUAUGCGAGUCGUGGACCAACAUUCACACAAACGAGUUUCCCAACAUUGGCUCGUGGCGCAACGCCUUUGCCAACGACACGAUCCCCGCAGAGAGCUACAUCGGCGCGGUGCAGGCGGCGCACCUCGGCACGCUGUGCAGCCAGAGCCUGCCUCUCGCUGCCUCCCUGAAACACACCCUCCUCUCCCUCGUCAGGCUCACCGGGGACCUCAUCGUGUGGUCGGAUGAUUUGAACCCACCACAGGUGAUUCAUUCUCUGCUGCCCCUUCUUCUGGAGAGCAGCACAGAGAGCGUGGCGGAGAUAAGCAGCAACUCCCUAGAAAGGAUCUUGGGCCCUGCGGAAUCCGAUGAAUUCCUCGCACGUGUUUAUGAAAAACUGAUCACAGGCUGCUAUAACAUCCUGGCCAGUCACUCGGAUCCCAACAGUGGCCUGGAUGAGACCAUCUUGGAGGAAUGUUUGCAGCAUCUGGAGAAACAGCUGGAGAGCAGCCAGGCCCGAAAAGCCAUGGAGGAAUUCUUUUCAGAAAGUGGAGAAUUGGUCCAGAUCAUGAUGGCGACAGCCAACGAGAACCUGUCAGCCAAGUUUUGUAACAGGGUGCUGAAAUUCUUCACCAAGCUCUUCCAGCUAACUGAGAAGAGUCCCAACCCCAGCCUGCUGCGCCUCUGCGGCUCUUUGGCCCAGCUGGCUUGUGUGGAACCCGUGCGUCUGCAGGCCUGGCUGACUCGGAUGACCAUGUCACCACCCAAAGACUCGGAUCAACUGGACGUCGUUCAAGAGAACAGGCAACUGCUGCAGCUCUUGACGACUUACAUUGUUCGGGAAAACAGCCAAGUUGGAGAGGGCGUGUGCACCGUGCUGCUGAGCACUCUCAUCCCGAUGGCAACGGAAAUGCUGGCCAACGGCGACGGGGCCGGCUUUCCCGAACUCAUGGUUGUGAUGGCCACCUUGGCCAGCGCGGGACAAGGGGCAGGACAUCUCCAGCUUCACGGGGCUGCUGUGGACUGGCUGGGCAGAUGCAAGAAAUACCUGUCUCAAAAGAACGUGAUAGAAAAAAUGAAUGCCAACGUCAUGCAGGGCAAGCACGUUACCAUCCUGGAGUGCACGUGCCAUAUUGUCUCUUACCUGGCCGACGUCACCAACGCGCUGAGCCAGAGCAGUGGCCAAGGACCAAGUCACCUUUCCGUUGAUGGGGAAGAACGAGCUAUUGAGGUGGAUUCAGACUGGGUGGAAGAGUUGGCUGUGGAGGAGGAAGACUCUCAAGCUGAAGAUUCAGAUGAAGAUUCUCUUUGCAAUAAGCUCUGUACCUUCACCAUCACUCAGAAGGAAUUUAUGAACCAACAUUGGUAUCAUUGUCACACUUGCAAGAUGGUUGAUGGGGUUGGUGUUUGCACGGUUUGUGCUAAAGUUUGUCACAAGGAUCAUGAAAUUUCUUAUGCCAAAUACGGAUCGUUCUUCUGUGACUGUGGAGCCAAGGAGGAUGGCAGUUGCCUGGCUUUGGUGAAGAGGACGCCCAGCAGCGGUAUGAGCUCCACCAUGAAAGAAUCUGCCUUCCAGAGCGAGCCCAGGGUGCCCGAGAGCGUCAUUCGACAUUCAAGCACGUCUCCUGCAGAGAAAGCCAAGGUCACCAUCAGUGAGGGGAAGGGCUCUGAUGAAGAAAAGCCCAAGAAGAGCAGCCUGUGCAGAAACGUUGAGGGCUGCCGGGAGGAACUGCAGUCCCAGGCCAACUUCUCAUUUGCUCCCUUGGUGCUGGAGAUGCUGAAUUUCUUGAUGGAUGCCAUUCAGAUCAACUUCCAGCAAGCUUCAGCCAUGGGCAGCAGCAGUCGUGCGCAGCAAGCUCUCAACGAGCUGCACACUUUGGACAAGACAGUCGAAAUGACCGAUCAGCUAAUGGUGCCGACGCUUGGCUCUCAAGAAGGUGCUUUUGAGAAUGUCCGCAUGAACUACAGCGGUGACCAGGGCCAGACCAUCCGGCAGCUGAUCAGCGCCCACGUGCUGCGGCGGGUGGCCAUGUGCGUGCUGUCCUCCCCGCACGGCCGGCGCCAGCACCUGGCUGUGAGCCACGAGAAGGGCAAGAUUACAGUCCUCCAGCUUUCUGCAUUGCUGAAACAAGCAGACUCCAGCAAAAGAAAAUUGACCCUUACUCGCCUGGCAUCUGCCCCAGUUCCAUUUACUGUCCUGAGCCUGACUGGAAACCCCUGCAAGGAAGACUACCUGGCCGUGUGUGGACUAAAAGACUGCCACGUGUUAACCUUCAGCAGCUCUGGGUCGGUCUCUGAUCACUUGGUGCUUCACCCCCAACUGGCCACUGGAAAUUUCAUCAUUAAAGCUGUGUGGCUGCCAGGAUCUCAAACGGAGCUUGCUAUUGUCACUGCAGACUUUGUGAAGAUUUAUGAUCUUUCUGUAGAUGCCUUGAGCCCAACAUUCUAUUUCCUGCUGCCAAGCUCCAAAAUCAGGGAUGUCACAUUUCUCUUCAACGAAGAGGGGAAGAACAUCAUAGUGAUCAUGUCCUCUGCUGGGUACAUAUACACCCAGCUCAUGGAGGAAGCGAGCAGUGCCCAGCACGGCCCCUUCUACGUCACCAACGUGCUUGAAGUGAACCAUGAAGACCUCAAGGACAGCAAUGGCCAGGUGGCAGGAGGAGGCGUGUCCGUGUAUUACUCCCAUGUCCUGCAGAUGUUGUUCUUCAGUUACUGCCAAGGCAAGUCCUUUGCAGCCACCGUCAGCCGAGCCAGUCUGGAGGUGCAGCGGCUGUUCCCCAUCAACAUAAAGAGUUCAAACGGUGGCAGCAAGACUUCCCCGGCACUGUGCCAGUGGUCCGAGGUGAUGAACCACCCCGGGCUGGUGUGCUGCGUCCAGCAGACCACGGGCGUCCCGCUCGUGGUGAUGGUCAAGCCGGAUACCUUCCUCAUCCAGGAGAUCAAGACGUUGCCAGCCAAAGCGAAGAUUCAGGACAUGGUGGCUAUCCGGCACACAGCCUGCAACGAGCAGCAGAGGACUACGAUGAUCCUGCUGUGCGAGGACGGCAGUCUGCGCAUCUACAUGGCCAACGUGGAAAACACUUCCUACUGGCUCCAGCCCUCGCUCCAGCCCAGCAGUGUCAUCAGCAUCAUGAAGCCCGUCCGCAAGCGCAAGGCAGCUGCCAUUACAACUCGUACAUCCAGUCAAGUAAACUUCCCUAUUGACUUCUUUGAGCACAACCAGCAGCUCACGGACGUGGAGUUUGGGGGCAACGACCUGCUGCAGGUUUACAAUGCUCAGCAGAUAAAGCACCGGCUCAAUUCCACGGGCAUGUAUGUGGCCAACACCAAGCCUGGGGGUUUCACCGUCGAAGUGACCAACAACAACAGCACGAUGGUGAUGACAGGCAUGCGGAUCCAGAUUGGCACGCAGGCCAUAGAGCGAGCGCCCUCCUACCUGGAGAUAUUUGGGCGCACCAUGCAGCUCAACUUGACGAGGGCUCGCUGGUUUGAUUUCCCGUUCACUCGCGAGGAAGCCCUGCAGGCUGACAAGAAGCUCACUGUCUUCAUUGGGGCUUCUGUGGAUCCUGCUGGAGUCACCAUGAUCGAUUCCAUAAAGAUUUAUGGCAAAACCAAAGAGCAGUUCGGGUGGCCCGACGAGCCCCCUGAGGAUUUUCCAUCUGCUUCCGUGAGCAACGUUUGUCCCUCAAACCUGAACCAAGGGAAUGGCACUGGAGACACAGAGACAACUGCACCCGCUGCUGCCAGCGGAACCGUUCUGGAGAGUUCAGACACCGAGUCCCUAACCACCUUGGACCGGCUAGUAGUGAGUUCUUUAGAAGCGCUCGAAAGCUGCUUUGCUGUGGGACCAGUCAACGAGAAGGAGAAGAAUAAGGCGGCAGCUCAGGAGCUGGCCACCAUGCUGCUGUCCAUGCCGGCUCCUUCCAGUGUCCAGCAGCAAACGAAGAGCCUCUUGGCCAGCUUGCACACCAGCCGCUCGGCGUACCAUAACCACAAGGAUCAAGCAUUGCUCAGUAAAGCCAUUCAGUACUUGAGUUCCUCAACCAAAGAAGGGAAGGAUCUUGAUCCUGAAGUGUUCCAGAGGUUGGUCAUCACUGCUCGAUCCAUUGCUAUCAUGAGACCCAACAAUCUCGUUCAUUACACGGAGUCAAAACUGCCACCGUUGGAAUCAGAGAGUGAAGAAGGACAAGAGGCCCAGAAACAUGCUGAAGGAGAAGGGUGCACGUUUAUUACCCAGCUGGUCAACCACUUCUGGAAACUGCACGCGUCAAAACCCAAAAAUGCCUUUCUUGCUCCUGCCUGCUUGCCAGGUCUGACUCACGUUGAGGCCACAGUCAAUGCUUUGGUGGACAUUAUUCACGGAUACUGCACUUGUGAACUGGACUGUAUCCACACAGCAUCCAAGAUCUACAUGCAGAUGUUACUUUGCCCUGAUCCUGCAGUGAGCUUUUCUUGCAAGCAAGCUUUGAUCAGAGUGCUGAGACCGAGGAACAAGCGGAGACAUGUGACUUUGCCAUCUUCCCCUCGGAGCAAUACUCCCAUGGGAGAUAAAGAUGAUGAUGAUGACGAUGAUGCAGAAGACAAGCUGCAGAGCUCUGGAAUCGCAAAUGGCGAGCAUAUCCGACAGGAGAGCCAGGAGCAAAGCGAGGUUGAUCACGGGGACUUUGAGAUGGUGUCCGAAUCAAUGGUGCUGGAGACUUCUGAAAAUGUGAAUAAUGGGAACCCUUCCCCCCUGGAGGCUCUUCUGGCUGGAGCAGAGGGUUUCCCGCCAAUGCUGGACAUUCCUCCAGAUGCAGAUGAUGAAACGAUGGUGGAAUUGGCUAUUGCCUUGAGCCUGCAACAAGAUCAGCAAGGGAGCAGCAGUAGUGCCCUUGGACUUCAGAGCUUAGGACUGUCUGGCCAAGCACCCAGCUCUUCUUCUCUUGAUGCUGGGACGCUCUCUGAUACUACAGCAUCAGCUCCAGCGUCCGACGACGAAGGCAGCACAGCUGCGACUGAUGGCUCGACCCUCCGCACGUCGCCGGCCGAGCACGGCGGCAGCGUGGGCUCCGAGAGCGGCGGCAGCGCCGUGGACUCGGUGGCUGGCGAGCACAGCGUGUCUGGCCGUAGCAGUGCCUAUGGGGACACCACAGCUGAGGGCCACCCUGCUGGACCCGGCAGUGUCAGCUCAAGCACAGGUGCUAUAAGCACUACUACAGGCCAGCAAGAAGGAGAUGGAUCAGAAGGGGAAGGCGAGGCUGAAGGAGAUGUCCACACCAGCAACAGGCUGCACAUGGUCCGACUGAUGCUACUGGAGAGGCUGCUGCAAAACUUGCCCCAGUUGAGGAACGUUGGAGGAGUCCGUGCCAUUCCUUACAUGCAGGUUAUCCUGAUGCUCACGACAGAUCUAGAUGGGGAUGAUGAGAAAGACAAGGGAGCUUUGGAUAACCUCCUGUCUCAGCUCAUUGCAGAACUGUGCAUGGACAAAAAAGACGUGUCUAAGAAAAAUGAGCGCUCUCCUGUGAACGAAGUACAUUUGGUGGUAAUGAGACUGCUCAGUGUGUUCAUGUCCAGAACUAAGUCGGGAUCCAAGUCUUCCAUUUGCGAGGCUUCUUCCCUCAUCUCUAGUGCCACUGCUGCCGCCUUGCUGAGCUCCGGUGCCGUCGACUACUGCCUUCAUGUGCUGAAGUCUUUGCUCGAGUACUGGAAAAGCCAGCAGAACGAUGAGGAGCCUGUAGCCUCUAGCCAGCUCCUGAAACCUCACACCACUUCUUCUCCACCCGACAUGAGCCCUUUUUUCCUCCGCCAGUACGUCAAGGGUCACGCUGCAGAUGUGUUUGAGGCCUACACUCAGCUUCUGACUGAGAUGGUACUGCGGCUGCCCUAUCAGAUCAAGAAGAUUGCGGACACAAAUUCCCGCAUCCCACCUCCCAUCUUCGAUCACUCCUGGUUCUACUUUUUGUCCGAGUACUUGAUGAUCCAGCAGACUCCAUUUGUACGCCGCCAAGUCCGCAAGCUUUUGCUUUUCAUCUGUGGAUCGAAGGAGAAAUACCGCCAGCUCCGAGACCUUCACACCUUGGACUCUCAUGUUCGUGGAAUUAAAAAGCUCCUGGAAGAGCAAGGCAUUUUCCUUCGUGCUAGCGUAGUCACAGCAAGCUCGGGCUCUGCCCUGCAGUAUGAUACGUUGAUCAACCUGAUGGAACAUUUAAAGGCUUGCGCAGAGAUUGCCACACAGCGAACAGUAAACUGGCAAAAAUUCUGCAUUAAAGAUGACUCAGUUCUUUAUUUCCUCCUCCAAGUCAGCUUCCUGGUGGAUGAAGGGGUGUCCCCGGUUCUGCUGCAGCUGCUCUCCUGUGCUCUGUGUGGCAGCAAAGUGCUGUCUGUGACUUCGUCUUCGGGCUCCUCCAGCACCUCCUCCGCCUCUGCUCCUGCAGCAUCAGGCUCCGGGCAGCCAGCAACACAGAGCAAAUCCUCUGCUAAAAAGAGCAAGAAAGAAGAGAAGGAAAAGGAACGGGAGGGUGAGAGUUCAGGCAGCCAGGAGGACCAGCUGUGCACUGCUCUGGUGAACCAGCUGAACAAGUUUGCGGAUAAGGAAACCCUCAUCCAGUUCCUGCGCUGCUUCCUGCUGGAGUCCAACUCGUCCUCGGUGCGAUGGCAGGCGCACUGCCUCGCGCUCCACAUCUACCGGAACUCUAACAAGUCCCAGCAAGAGUUACUCCUGGAUCUCAUGUGGUCAAUCUGGCCAGAACUUCCAGCCUACGGAAGAAAGGCUGCCCAAUUUGUAGACCUCUUGGGAUACUUCUCUCUGAAAACACAGCAGACAGAGAAAAAGUUGAAGGAAUAUUCCCAAAAGGCUGUGGAGAUUCUCCGGACGCAAAACCACAUUCUUACCAAUCACCCCAACUCCAAUAUUUACAACACUCUGUCUGGGCUGGUGGAAUUUGAUGGCUAUUAUCUGGAGAGUGAUCCUUGCUUGGUCUGCAACAAUCCAGAGGUGCCCUUCUGCUACAUAAAGCUGUCCUCCAUUAAAGUGGACACGCGCUACACCACCACCCAGCAAGUGGUGAAACUCAUUGGCAGCCACACCAUCAGCAAGGUGACGGUGAAGAUCGGAGACCUGAAACGCACCAAGAUGGUGCGAACCAUCAACCUCUAUUACAACAACCGGACAGUGCAAGCCAUAGUGGAGCUGAAGAACAAGCCGGCUCGUUGGCACAAAGCCAAAAAAGUCCAGCUGACGCCGGGCCAGACGGAGGUGAAGAUCGAUCUGCCGCUGCCCAUCGUGGCUUCCAACCUGAUGAUCGAAUUUGCCGAUUUCUACGAGAAUUACCAGGCUUCCACAGAGACGCUGCAGUGCCCGCGGUGCAGCGCGUCCGUGCCCGCCAACCCGGGCGUGUGUGGGAACUGUGGCGAGAACGUGUACCAGUGUCACAAGUGCAGAUCCAUUAAUUAUGAUGAGAAAGAUCCCUUCCUUUGCAACGCUUGUGGCUUCUGUAAAUACGCUCGCUUUGACUUCAUGUUGUAUGCCAAGCCCUGCUGCGCCGUGGAUCCUAUAGAGAAUGAAGAGGAUCGAAAGAAGGCAGUAACAAAUAUCAACACUCUCCUGGACAAGGCGGACAGAGUGUAUCACCAGCUAAUGGGACAUCGACCGCAGUUGGAGAACCUGCUGUGUAAAGUGAACGAGGCAGCUCCUGAAAAGCCCCAGGAUGAGUCUGGCAGUAGUGGAGGGAUCAGCUCUACCUCAGCUAGUGUGAAUAGAUACAUCCUGCAGUUAGCCCAGGAGUACUGUGGUGACUGCAAGAACUCUUUCGAUGAACUCUCAAAAAUCAUCCAGAAAGUGUUUGCCUCUCGAAAGGAGCUUCUGGAAUACGAUCUGCAGCAGAGAGAGGCCGCAACGAAGUCCUCCCGAACCACAGUCCAGCCCACAUUCACUGCCAGCCAGUACCGUGCCUUGUCUGUUCUAGGCUGUGGUCACACGUCUUCAACGAAAUGCUACGGCUGCGCCUCGGCUGUCACCGAGCACUGCAUCACGCUGCUGCGGGCCUUGGCCACCAACGCGGCCAUCAGGCACAUCCUGGUGUCCCAGGGCCUUAUCCGGGAGUUGUUUGACUACAACUUGCGCCGUGGCGCGGCCACCAUGCGGGAGGAGGUCCGGCAGCUCAUGUGCCUUCUCACCAGGGACAAUCCAGAGGCCACCCAGCAAAUGAAUGACCUGAUCAUUGGGAAGGUUUCUGCAGCUCUGAAAGGACACUGGGCAAACCCUGACUUGGCCAGCAGCCUCCAAUAUGAAAUGUUGCUGCUAACAGACUCCAUCUCGAGGGAGGACAGCUGCUGGGAGCUCCGACUACGAUGUGCUCUGAGCCUUUUUCUGAUGGCAGUGAAUAUUAAGACGCCGGUGGUUGUGGAAAACAUCACCCUCAUGUGCCUGCGCAUUCUUCAAAAGCUGAUCAAACCACCUGCUCCAACCAGCAAGAAAAAUAAGGAUGUGCCUGUGGAUGCACUCACCACUGUGAAGCCUUACAGCAAUGAAAUCCAUGCACAAGCUCAGCUGUGGCUCAAGAGGGACCCCAAAGCAUCGUAUGAAGCAUGGAAAAAGUGCCUCCCUGCCAGAGGCAUAGAUGCCAAUGGGAAAGCUCCCAGCAAAGCUGAGCUUCACCAGCUCUACUUGUCAGAAAAAUAUGUCUGGAAAUGGAAGCAAUUCAUGAGUCGCCGUGGGAAGAGAACUUGCCCUCUGGAUCUCAAGCUGGGACACAACAAUUGGCUGCGUCAGGUGCUGUUUACUCCUGCUACCCAAGCUGCAAGGCAGGCUGCAUGCACUAUUGUGGAAGCUCUGGCUACCAUUCCGAGCCGUAAACAGCAGGUCCUGGAUCUCCUUACGAGCUACCUGGACGAGCUGAGCGUUGCUGGCGAGUGCGCUGCUGAGUACCUGGCCCUGUAUCAGAAACUCAUCAAACCUGCCCACUGGAAGGUCUACCUGGCUGCCAGAGGGGUUCUGCCCUAUAUCGGCAGUCUCAUCACUAAGGAAAUAGCUCGUUUGCUUGCCUUGGAGGAAGCCACGCUCAGCACUGAUUUGCAGCAGGGCUAUGCCUUGAAGAGCCUCACAGGGCUCCUCUCUUCCUUUGUGGAGGUUGAGUCUAUCAAACGGCACUUCAAAAGCCGCCUGGUGGGCACAGUCCUCAAUGGAUACCUGUGUUUGAGGAAAUUAGUGGUGCAGAGGACAAAGCUGAUCGAUGAAACCCAGGACAUGUUGCUGGAAAUGCUGGAAGACAUGACAACAGGCACAGAAUCCGAAACAAAGGCGUUUAUGGCAGUGUGCAUAGAGACAGCAAAACGUUACAGCCUCGAUGACUACAGGACACCUGUGUUCAUCUUCGAGAGACUUUGCAGUAUUAUCUAUCCUGAAGAGAAUGAGGUGACUGAGUUCUUUGUAACGCUGGAGAAAGAUCCUCAGCAGGAAGACUUCCUGCAGGGCAGGAUGCCAGGCAAUCCCUACAGCAGUAAUGAGCCUGGCAUCGGGCCGCUCAUGAGGGACAUCAAGAACAAGAUCUGUCAGGACUGUGACCUGGUAGCUCUGCUGGAGGAUGACAGCGGAAUGGAGCUUUUGGUGAACAAUAAAAUCAUCAGUUUGGACUUGCCUGUAGCUGAGGUCUAUAAGAAGGUGUGGUGUCCUACUAAUGAGGGGGAGCCCAUGAGGAUCAUUUACCGCAUGCGAGGGUUACUAGGAGAUGCCACCGAGGAAUUCAUCGAGUCUCUAGACUCCACCACGGAUGAGGAGGAGGAUGAGGAAGAAGUGUACAAGAUGGCCGGCGUGAUGGCGCAGUGUGGCGGCCUGGAGUGCAUGCUGAACAGACUGACAGGAAUUAAGGACUUCAAGCAAGGCCGGCACCUCUUGACGGUGCUGUUAAAGCUGUUCAGUUACUGUGUGAAGGUGAAAAUCAAUCGUCAGCAGCUGGUCAAGCCUGAGAUGAACACUUUGAAUGUCAUGCUGGGAACCCUCAACUUGGCUCUCGUGGCUGAGCAGGAAAGCAAGGACAGUGGAGGAGCAGCUGUGGCAGAGCAAGUACUCAGUAUAAUGGAGAUCAUACUGGAUGAAUCCAAUGCAGAACCUCUAAGCGAGGACAAGGGUAACCUUCUCCUGACAGGAGACAAGGAUCAGCUGGUGAUGCUGCUCGACCAGAUCAACAGCACGUUCGUCCGCUCCAAUCUCAGCGUCUUGCAAGGGCUCUUGCGCAUCAUUCCCUACUUGUCCUUCGGGGAAAUGGAGAAAAUGCAGAUUCUCGUUGACCGAUUCAAACCGUACUGUAACUUUGAUAAGUAUGAUGAGGAGCACAGCGGAGACGACAAAGUUUUCCUAGACUGCUUCUGUAAAAUAGCAGCGGGGAUAAAGAAUAACAGCAAUGGUCAUCAGCUGAAAGAUCUGAUCCUCCAGAAGGGCAUUACACAGAAUGCCCUUGACUACAUGAAAAAGCACAUUCCUAGUGCUAAGAAUUUGGAUGCAGACAUCUGGAAGAAGUUCUUAUCCCGCCCUGCGCUUCCUUUUAUCCUCCGCCUGCUCCGAGGACUUGCCACACAGCACCCGGCUACCCAGGUACUAAUAGGUACAGACUCCAUUACAAACCUGCACAAGCUGGAGCAGGUGUCUAGUGAUGAAGGCAUCGGGACGCUGGCGGAGAAUCUUCUGGAGGCGCUGAGGGAACAUCCCGAGGUGAACAAGAAGAUCGACGCCGCCCGCAAGGAGACGCGUGCGGAGAAGAAGCGCAUGGCCAUGGCAAUGAGGCAGAAGGCCCUGGGCACCCUGGGCAUGACGACAAAUGAGAAGGGUCAAGUAGUGACCAAGACUGCGCUGCUUAAACAGAUGGAGGAGCUUAUAGAAGAACCGGGUCUGACCUGCUGCAUCUGCCGGGAAGGCUACAAGUUUCAGCCCACAAAGGUCCUGGGUAUUUAUACUUUCACCAAGCGCGUUGCCCUGGAGGAGUUUGAGAACAAACCCCGAAAGCAGCAGGGCUACAGCACAGUGUCUCAUUUCAACAUCGUCCACUAUGACUGUCACCUUGCAGCUGUGAGGCUGGCUCGUGGCCGCGAAGAGUGGGAGAGCGCAGCCCUCCAAAACGCCAACACCAAGUGCAACGGGCUCCUGCCCGUCUGGGGACCUCACGUGCCAGAGUCUGCCUUUGCUACGUGCUUGGCAAGACACAACACGUACCUCCAGGAGUGCACGGGGCAGCGGGAGCCCACCUACCAGCUCAAUGUCCAUGACAUUAAACUGCUAUUUCUCCGCUUCGCAAUGGAGCAAUCGUUCAGUGUAGACACUGGAGGAGGAGGAAGGGAGAGCAACAUACACCUCAUUCCAUACAUCAUCCACACGGUGCUCUACGUCCUCAACACAACGCGAGCGACUUCGAGGGAGGAGAAGAACCUGCAGAGCUUCAUGGAGCAUCCCAAAGAGAAGUGGGUGGAGAGCGCCUACGAGGUGGACGGGCCCCACUACUACACGGUGCUGGCGCUGCACAUCUCGCCGCCCGACAAGUGGCGAGCCAUGCGCGUGGAGAUGCUCAAGAGGCUGCUCGUCACCUCCCACGCGCGCCUGGUGUCACCAGGGGGAGCCAGCAGGCUGGCAGAUAAGGCAGUGAAGGAAUAUGCAACCUACCGCUCCGGCCUUCUCUUCUGGGCCCUAGUAGAUCUCAUUUACAACAUGUUCAAGAAGGUGCCUACCAGUAACACGGAGGGAGGCUGGUCCUACUCUCUGGCCGAAUUCAUUCGACACAACGACAUGCCAAUACACGAAGCUGCAGACAAGGCCCUGAAAACCUUCCAGGAGGAGUUCAUGCCAGUCGAAACCUUUUCCGAGUUUCUGGACGUGGCUGGCCUCUUAUCAGAGAUCAACGACGCCGAGAGCUUUCUCAAGGAUCUUCUGAACUCCAUCCCCUGAGCUGCGGGCACACAGAGGCAGAGGGCAGGACUCCGCCGGCUUGCCUUCCCUCCAUCCCUUUGUGCUCCUCCUUGUGCAGUCUGGCCCUUCCUCGAGGAGUGCUGCAGUUUGUUCGUAUUUUUUUUUUUAAUUUUAUUUUAUACCUUUUUUUUUUUCUCUCGGAGUGAUUUGGAAUUAGAUUUGUUUUAUCCCACGUUUCAGCGCUUCUAACUGUAAAGCUUAGCGUAUUCCAGUUGGUUGAAAGAACUUGUACAGAGAGCAAUCCAAACCAAGGAAAUCUUAAUGCUUUAGCGUGCACAUCUUUGAACUUAAAUAAAUCGAACGAAUGGGUCC